CUGAGUUAGCACUGGGGGUCCCGGUCUGGGCCUGGAGCGCAGCAUCUGCACCGCAAAUUAGAGGCCAGGCCCCGGGGGAGUGACGGGCCCCUGGGUAGAGGACGGGUGGCGGGGCGGAAUGGUCUCUGGGGUUGAGUAAAGGGCGGGCGGUGGUCGCGGGGCUGCGGCUUGCCCCUCCCCCCCCCCCCCCGGGGCGGCGGAGUUUCUAUGCUGAGGCCCCGGGCUGGGAGUCGCUGCUUCCCCCUGUCCCGGUGAUGGACGAGUGGAAGCCGAACCCCAGGGCCAAACCCUUCGUUCCGCGGCGGCACCGCAGCUGGUUCAUCGCCUGGAAGUACAGGUUCACGGGACAGCGGUCAGUGAGGAGGCUGUGCCAGACUGCUGCAUUGCUGUUUUUACUUGUGACUGUAAUUGUCAACAUCAAGCUUAUUUUAGAUACAAGAAGAGCUGCAGCUGAGGAGGAAUUAGUACAAGACUAUGAUAAUGCCAUACCCAAUAUGGAAACUGCUCGCAGGCCAUCCCAUGGCCGAAAGGUCCUGGACAUUGAAGUCUACUCCAGCAGGUCAAAGGUCUAUGUUGCUGUUGAUGGAACCACAGUUCUUGAGGAUGAAGUCAAAGAGCAGGGUCGAGGAAUACACGUUAUUGUUUUGAAUCAAGCUACAGGUCAUGUGAUGGCGAAACGCGUGUUUGACACGUAUUCACCCCAUGAAGAUGAAGCAAUGAUUCUUUUCUUAAAUAUGGUCUCUCGAGGAAGAAUCCUUCUCUUUACAAUCAAGGAUGAGGGAUCCUUCCAUCUGAAAGACACAGCGAAAAGCCUACUUAAAGGACUGGGUAGUCAGAUUGCCUCAUCGCUUAGUUGGCGAGACAUGUGGACUUUUGUGGUAAAGAAAGGAGGUCAAGUAUAUGGUGAAAAACAUUCAAAGUCCCCAGCUUUGGCCACUUGGGGAGAUCCUGUUUUAUUGAAGACUGAGGUUCAACUAACCUCUGCUGAAGAUGCCGAGUGUCAUUGGGCAGACACAGAUGCCAAUCGGAGGAGGAAGACUUUUUGCAGCAAAGUGGAAGGAUAUGGGAGCAUCUGCAGCUGUAAGGAUCCAGCACCUAUUGAAUUUAACCCCGAGCCUCUAAAAAAUAACAAAGUUUAUGAAGUUCCAGUGGCAGUGAUAGCUGGUAACAGGCCCAACUACCUUUACAGAAUGUUGCGCUCAUUACUGUCUGCACAGGGUGUGAACCCGGAGAUGAUCGUUGUCUUCAUAGAUGGCUACUAUGAGGAACCAAUGGAUGUGGUGGAGCUUUUUGGCCUGAAGGGUGUUCAGCACACGCCUAUUAGUAUUAAGAAUGCUCGAGUCUCUCAGCACUACAAAGCCAGUUUGACUGCUACAUUCAAUUUACACCCGGAUGCGAAGUUUACUGUGGUACUGGAGGAAGACUUAGAUAUUUCAGUGGACUUCUUCAGUUUUCUCAGCCAGACGAUCCACUUACUUGAAGAUGAUGAAAGUCUGUACUGCAUAUCUGCUUGGAAUGAUCAGGGUUAUGAGCACACAGCAGAAGAUACUACUCUGCUCUAUCGAGUGGAGAGUAUGCCAGGGCUUGGCUGGGUUUUAAAGAAGAGCCUUUAUAAAGAUGAGCUGGAGCCAAAGUGGCCAACACCAGAGAAGCUUUGGGACUGGGACAUGUGGGUGAGAAUGCCUGAACAAAGAAAAGGUCGAGAGUGUAUUAUCCCUGAUGUGUCACGAUCUUAUCAUUUUGGCAUUGUUGGACUGAAUAUGAAUGGAUAUUUUCAUGAAGCCUACUUUAAGAAGCACAAGCUUAACACUGUUCCAAACGUACAACUCAAAAAUGUGGACAGUCUGAAAAAGGAUGCCUAUGAGACUGAAAUUCACAAACUGAUAAGUGAAGCCAAGGUUCUAGACCACAGCAAAAACCCCUGUGAAGAUAGUUUUAUUCCAGACACUGAAGGAAAAAUCUACAUUAUGUAUAUUAGAAUGGAACAGGAGGCUGACUUUACAACAUGGACACAGUUAGCUAAGUGCCUACAUAUCUGGGAUCUGGAUGUCCGAGGUAACCACAAAGGCAUGUGGCGACUAUUCAGAAAGAAGAACCACUUGCUUGUUGUGGGUGCACCUUCCUCUCCUUAUUCGUCAAAGAAACCUGCAUCAGUUACCCCCAUUUACCUUGAACCACCUCCAAAGGAAGAUGUGGAAUUAAGCUGAGAAUGGGCAAGCAAGGAAAUCCACUAUGAUGAGCAUGACAAUUUUAAACCACUAUAUUUAAUGUACAGUUUACCAUGAUGUUUACAUGUUGGUUUAUAAUGGUUUGCUUAAAGUAAAGAAAACAAUUUUUUACCUGCAGCUAAUACUUGAUUACGUGUAACACUACUAAAGACAUAGUUUGUAAAUUAUGGAUCCAAGUAUUUAUUUUGCUUGAGCAUUUUCUGAAGCACUGGCAACAUCAAUUAUUUGAGAAAGUGAAACCAAUGUAUCCCAUAAUUUAUGAAUCAAGUCCUAAUUCAUCGUAGCAAAAUAUUAUAACCAAUAAGUGGAGAAAUUGACAAAAAGGAUUCCUUCAAACCAGUGUUUUAUUUCCUUAUACCAUGCAUUAGUUUUUUUCUACAAUAACUCUCUUGCACAUGUUUGUAUUUUGUACUGUGUAUUUGGGUGAUGACAAGAAUUACAACACAGAACCUUGUCAUGAUAUAGAAUUCUGGAAAUAAAUAAACCACUAUAACUAAGCCAUCAGUUUAUGUAACCUGUGAUUAUAAAGCUGAGAGAUCAAA